AUGACGAGAGCAUCGACUCCUCCACCCCCGGAACACAAGAACGCAGACCGUUUGCCUCCUUCGCUGCCCAACUCUCCAUUACCCAAACGUCUCAAGUCUGACACUCCAUCCAAGAUGUCUUCAAACGCCGACUCGACGACGACAAACACCACCGCGGUCCCCAAACUGUCGUCAACAUCCCAACCGCCCCUUUUGAUCAAGAAGCUCUCUGCCAAUGCUUCGACCCCGACCCGAGGCUCGGCGUUUGCCGCAGGCUACGACCUCUAUGCCGCCAAACCCAUCACGAUUCCCUCGCGAGGCAAGGCUCUCGUCUCUACGGAUCUGUCGAUCGCCACGCCGGAAGGAACGUACGGUCGCAUAGCGCCUCGAUCGGGCCUCGCUGCAAAACACUUUAUCGACACGGGAGCCGGCGUCAUUGACGCGGACUACAGAGGGGAGGUCAAGGUCCUGCUCUUCAACCACAGCGAGGUCGACUUUGAGGUGAAGAAGGGCGACCGCAUUGCUCAGUUGGUCUUGGAGCGGAUAUACACUCCUGAUAUUGUCGAGGUCAAUGAUCUGGAGGAGAGCGUCCGCGGAGCAGGCGGGUUUGGAAGCACGGGCUGA